ACUUUACUUUGAUUUUUACAUAAGCUUCUCAAUUUCCUGGAACAAUAAUUUCUGUAUAAUGGAGAUAGUAGUAAAAUUUAUAGUAAACAAAAUUACAGGUUGUAUAUGCACCCAUAUAACCAACAUAUUCAUAUAUAUACUAACAUUGCACAUGAUAAGUGCCCAACCAUGGCAGGUAUUAUUAACCUGAAAUCAGCCUUCUGUAUUUAAAAUGUAUUCUCUCCCCCCACCCCCAAAAUCAUUCGCGAUCAGAUCCAGGACCUUGCAUAGUGCUCCACCACUGGGUUUUAUCCCUAACCAAGAUGUUGCAUUCUUGAGUGCUAUCUGGUACUCAUUCACAAAGAUACUUCUCUUAAACAGAUACCCCUAAUCAAUUCUCUAGUACUGAUUCUUUUUGUCUUGUGACUUGUGACGUCUUGUUCUUCCUCGUGCCAUAUCGUUCACACAAACAUUCUUUUGAAGUUGGUGUGCCCACUUUCUCCUCGCCUUCAGCUUCAGGCUCUGCUCUGAGGCAAGCAGCUCCUGAAACUGACACCCACAGGGUUAAACCUAGUGCUGUAGCCAUCCCUCCUCCUCCCUGGUCCCCCUUUUCACUGGAGGCUGGCAGCUGUCCUAACUGCCUCCUGAAGCCAAAUGCUUGAGGAGAGAGAGAGUAAGGAGCCAGCUAUGACUCCCUUCCCGAAAAAUGAGUCCAAGGAAACUCUUUUUUCACCUGUCUCUACCGAAGAGGUGCUGCCUAGACCUCCAAGUCCUCCAAAGAAGCCACCUCCGAAAAUCUUCGGCUCCAGCUAUCCACUCAGCAUCGCCUUCAUCGUGGUGAAUGAAUUCUGUGAGCGCUUUUCCUACUAUGGCAUGAAAGCUGUGCUGACCUUGUAUUUCCUGUAUUUCCUGCACUGGAAUGAAGACACCUCCACAUCUGUAUACCAUGCCUACAGCAGCCUCUACUAUUUCACCCCUAUCUUGGGAGCAGCCAUUGCUGACUCAUGGCUGGGAAAAUUCAAGUAAGGACAAUGGCAGGUCACAGCUCAGGAGCCUCACAAGUUCAUUGUCCAGAAAGUU